CGCGUGCCAACGUGUUGAAAGCGUCCUUUUGAGAAACAGUCGUAAGGUUUCGUGGUGCGAAAAAUUAGUUGUGAUUUUAUUCUAUACUUUUUGACUUAAUAAAUAAAAAUGGCUGUGCACAUGCCAAGGAACUUUUUGUCUAGGAAACGGGCUCCUGUCAUCGAGAGAUUCAAAUUUUCUCGAUAUGAGUCUAUCGACGUGGAAAGCAUGUCACCACCAAUAACCCCUACCACACCAGUAAGUCCAAAAGAAUACGACAUAUUAGUAGCAACAAACGAUGACCAAGAAGACAUUUUGAAUUUUUUGAGGACUUUCUUUUAUAAAGAUGAGCCUUUGAAUAAAAAUCUUGGUUUGAUAAGCAACGAGACUCCGAGAUGCAAAGACUUGGAAAAAUUCUCAACCAAAGAUAUCGGCAACGGACUGAAUUUGAAAGCAGUCCACAACGGAAAACUUAUCGGCGUGUGCCUCAACGGUAUACUAGAAAGGGGUUUUCUGGAUAAGGACGACGAUUUUGAAAUAACAGACCGAAAAUUCUCAAAAAUCGUAGCUCUACUAGACAAAGUCGACAGAGACGCUGACGUUUUCGCCAAAUUUCCCGCAAGCGCCAAAGCCGUAAGCGUUAAAAUAAUAUCUGUAGAUGGAGCUUACAGAGGACAAGGAAUAGCGAAAGAACUUGUGAACAAAACAAGGGAUUUGGCUAAGGAAAUCGGCGCUGAAUUUAUGGCUGUAGUUUGCACCAGCCACUUCACAGCUCUCGCUCUAAAAAAGUUGGGAUUCGAAUUGCACUACACUCAAAACUACGCCGACUAUAAAGACGAAAAUGGACAAGUGGUGUUCAAUCCGGAACCACCGCACGCAGCUUGCACCGUUUAUGUGCAGAAAAUUUAAUUUUUUUCAGCAAAUUGAAAAAUGUUUGUACCUGAUUUUAAUAUUAAAAUCACCUUAUAAUAAUAAGGCAUGUUAAAAAUUAACAUUUUGGUGUAUCUAAACUUGAUGUGAUAAAUAAUUGUAAGGGCCUAAGUUUUAAUUAUUAAUUUUUUUAUAUUUCUUGUAGUAGGUACUCGGCCUAUAAUAUUAUCACACUGUAUUAUUUUUAUUAAAAAAAGUUGCACAAUUUUGGUUAUACAAUGUUGUCUAUGGUUUAAAUUAAUGGAAAUAUAAUUAUGUUAAAUAAAUUGGUUUAUUAAUUAUCUUUCUUCUUGUACUUACCUACUUGUCUCGUUUCAGGUUUAAUGUAGCAUCCUUCCAACUGAAAAUAUUGAAACUCUUGUAAAAAUAUUCUAUUAAUUUAAAAUCACACAUUUUGUCUAUUUUUUCAUUGCUUUUUGCUCGGCUUCCCAUCGUUCCUUGGCUUCGAAUCGUUGCCUGGCAAUCUCAACUUGCUUCUUAUUACCAUUCUUUUCCGCUGUUUCUUGUAGAUCGUUUAGUAAUGCUUGCAAUUCCAUGGAUUUUUGUCUCAUUUUAUUUUGUUGCUUCAUGAAAACGUACCGUAGGAUGACCAUUUGAAUCAUGAAAGCUACAGUGGCAAAGGCUACAACUAUUAGGGCAAAAGUACCGUUUGAUACUCGUUUCAUGCCUUUAAAGCCGUAGUAGGAAUCUGCUGGUCUUUCUUUGAAUUGGGAUUUGUCUCUGUUGGCGUAGAAGGAUGGAUCAUCCCAUGCACUAAAAGAAUCAUCAAUGAGAGUUUUGAAGAUUUUCAGAUAAUUGUUAGCCAAGCUGU